CUCCUCCUCCUCCUCUUCUUCACUUCUCCCUGGAGGGUUCGUGUCUAGAGGAGGAACAGGGAGGUGGGAAGGGGACGGAAGAGGGGGGCUACAUCGCAUUGCUACCCGAGCCCCGGCUCUCCUCUGACCCCCGGCGAGGAGGAAGAGGAAGAGGAGGAGAAGCAGCAGCAGCAGGAGGAGGGAGGGAGGGAGUCAACAUCCAUGCGCGCUGACAAACAGGUGUACGGUUUCAUCCCCGGGACGCGGCGCUAGCUAACGAGCCGCCGCCGCUUCUUCUCCUGCUCUUUGCGUGUCUUCUCUCCGGGUGAGGACCUCCGCAGGUUUCCCACGGAAGAGGCCGGACACCUGCGGACAUGUUGCGGGAUUAGAGGGAGCGAAGCAAGGCGUUAAACGGGAGGCAGAUCUGGGAAUAAGGCUUGACCCGGAGGAGAGACUUAACCCCGAGCCGAGAGCAGAGGAGAGGAAGGAAACGGGGCUUGAACCUCCUCGCUCACCUUUACCUGACUCUUCCUAGCAAAGUCUCCAGUCUGUUGAUUUUAUGACGGAAAGUGUGUCCCCCUGCAGUAGAUCAGUAAGAAGUGCUCUUCAAUAUGAAUACAGAUAGCGGAGGAUGCGCUCCCAAAAGCGUGGCCUUGUCACUCAUACUCUCUCCCAUGAAGCGGGUCCAGAGCUCACCAAAUCUAGCCACAGGGAGUGAUUCUCACUCAUCAGACUUGGAUUCUUGGCGGUCACGCAGCGUAACAGAUGGCCUUAGGAACGGAGACGCCGGCAGCUCAUCUCUCGCCGCCAAAGGCUUCCGAAGCGUCAGACCCAACCUGCAGGACAAGAAGUCACCGACACAGGUCCAGGAGCGUAAAGUGGCUUCACUCAAACUAACUCCAGUCACCAUCCCCGACCCUCCUGCUCACCUCAACUCUUACCCUGAACCCCAAACUAAGACCCAGACUGCAGCUUCCCCAACUCCGCCAAGGGGUCCCACUCCCUCUCAGCCCCCGACGAGGACAUCCUCGCUCUCUGUGCACCUGGGCCCUGAGAGUCUGAAAAAUCCAGAGCGUCAGCCUCCAAAUCCCACUGCGGAAGUCCUGGCCCAAGAUCAAGUCCUAUAUCGGGCCUCAGGACCCGCCGCGUUGCAGGUGGAGAUGACGAAGCCUCCUCCUGCAGUUCCACCGAGACCUUCUCCUGCAAAACUGUUGAGGCCUCCAUUCCCCACUGCUCUGCACUCCCCCUAUCACAGCUCAGAAUCACUCGACUACCUGUCCGGCCUCAUGCCCAAGACCCUAUCGCCCACCCCCUAUGUCCCUAGCGGAGCUAGCGGCACAGCCGGUGUGAGCAUCGGUGGCUUCGUGUCACCCUCGGCUUCCCCCGUGUCAGCUCUCAGCCACUUCUCGUCCUCCACGGCGUGUCUGCUGGACGAGCUGCAGAUCUGUAGCCUGGACUCACCCGGCUCCUCACCCACGCCAUCGCCCACCCUCAGCCACGUCUCCACCUACACGUCCAUCGCUGGCCGUGAUGACGCGCUAACAACCUCUGUGGCCUCCACUGCUGCAACAGCCACUGUCACUAACGGCCAGGUCCUCUCUCACGCUAUGAAUGGAAGCGCAGGCCAUCCACAGAGACCCCUGUCUCCCCCGUCCUAUCCUCCUCUCCCCGCCUCACUGCACACUGGGCUCCAGAGACAGAGUCGGAGUUCGGAGGGCAGCGAGUCUGUCACCAGAGAGUCUGUGAUGUUGGGCUACACCAGUGUCUGCAGCACUGUGCCCAUUGCCUCCUUCUCGGAAGAAGAAAAGAAGGUCUCCAUCAUUAAAGCCCCUCAUUAUGAAGGCAUCGGCCCUGUGGACGAGUCCGGCAUUCCUAUCGCCAUCCGCACGACGGUGGAUCGGCCUAAGGAUUGGUACAAAACUAUGUUCAAGCAGAUCCACAAGGUUCACAAAGCAGACGAUGACUACUCUGACACAUACAACGCAACUUAUGCUGUCAUUAACAAUGAUGACCACAGCCUUUCAUCCAACGCCACCACCAUGGCCCACCCGGCUCCCCGGACACACACAUACAGGCCGCUGUCCAAGAGCCCCUCAGACAAUGGAGGACACCUGGGCCCUCGAGAACCUUCUCCGUCCCCUGUACCCCCACCGCCUCCACCCAUGGCGUCCCUCCUGCAGCUGAGGGCCAGAGAUAGCGACCGCGAGAAAGAUUCCCCAGACAUGAAUGAAUGGGGUCCUCCUGACAGGAAAGUUGACACACGGAAGUACCGCGCAGAGCCCAAGAGUAUUUUUGAGUACGAGCCUGGGAAGUCCUCCAUUUUGGAGCAUGAAAGACCAACGUCCCUGCACAUCGCUCCCCCUGACAAGGCUCUGGAGAGACCUACGAGUGCUGCGAGCGACUACAGGAAGAGAAGGAAGUCAGAGCCGUCAAGUUCCCAAGUGAACGCUCAGUCUCAGAGCAGAGCUGCAACUUCCCCCAAACCAGUGGAUGCCUACAGACCCAGCAGCAGCAUAAAGAAGAACGUCAUUCGUUCCUCACCAUCCUCGCCCUCCAGAGCCAAAGGUGGGGACGCAUGUAACAUGUAUUCAAACAGUUUGAGCUCCCCAGGUCCUCAUCCGGGCCCCUAUGUGCCCCCUGUCCCUUCUGACUCUGUUCUUUGCCAUGAGGACGGGAGCCCGGACGGCAGCUCCUCCUCCAAGCAGUCUGUCUACUGUAAGAACAGUUGGCCGACAGAACGCCCGGAUUCCGAGACAUGGACCGGUGCGGAGGAGGCGCCGCCGCCCUCCUCUGGCAAAAUCAGGUCACGCAGCUGUGAUGACUUACUCAGUGACGGGCAUUCUGGCUCGGGCGGGCGCAAUGCCCCCCGCUCAGAAAGUGCUGGGUCACUGGUGUGUGAUGGGAAUCCCUCAGGUUCAACUGGAUCCACUUCCACUCGCUCAUUAACUCGACUCCACCGGCGACGGGCGCAUGAUUCACCAGGCUUCCUGAAGCUCUAUCGUAAAAUGCACCAGAUUGAUCGAGCUCUGCUGAUCCCGUCCGAUAUCAUCCGCUCAGUCCGGGCUCGUAUCCUGGAUCUGGAGGGUCAACCUCACCUGCUUCGGCACGGCCUCUCCCCCUGGACACCCUCCUGGGGCGUGGAGGUGCCUACCGAUACGGUGCCAAACCGCAUUUCUGAAUAUGAAAGCCUUAUUCAGAAAUCCAAAUCCAUGCCCAACUUGGGUGAUAGUGAGGGGCCUUCAGGCACUACUACACCAGGUGGCUCAUCAUCCCGAGCCAGCAGCGGUGGUGGUGCCACACCCAUUUUUCCAAAACGCCGUUUUUCCAUAGAAUCUUUACUAGAAGAAGACAUCAAGAGCAGCAGUGGACCAGUACCUCAUACCAUGGAUCCCUUACAUCGACCUCGUAGCCCACCUGAGGGCCAGCCUCGUGGGCCGGAGCCACGCCAUCUUAGGUCCUUUCCCGCUCCUCCGAUCCCCCAAAUCCCACAAGCCAACCCAGACUACUCUGACAGUGAACAAGACGCCAUUGCGUCAGACCUCAGUGACUUCAUCCAGGUGGAGGGCUCCUCUUUUUGCAGUGAGAGUGACUUUGACCAUUGCUCACUAACCUCCUCUGAGAGCUUGUACGGCUCUUCCACCCUUCAACACCACCACCACCUCCGUCACCUCCACCACCAUCGCAACCGCCACACAGCUGGUCACCAGAAUGUGGGGCAGAGUCAGGGGUACCAGCACCGCCACCUCAUAAGCACCUGCAAAGGCCGCUGCCCAGCUUCUUACACCCGUUUCACAACGAUGCUUCGCCAUGAGAGAGAACGAGCGCUCCAGGAGCAGCAGAGACCGCCACAGCCGAGCCGCAGCAGCCAUUCUCAGAUCCAGAGCUCGCAGUCCCAGCAAGCGAUGUCCAAGCUGGCCUUCCUGGUCAGCCCAGUGCCUUUCCGCAGGAAAAAGGGCUCACCACCUACCUCUAAAAGAAUCAGUGGUGGCGGCGGUCGAGGCAGCAGGCCCAAGUCAAAACAGGACAUUUACGAAGCACUAGAUGAGGCGUUGAGAGACAUAUAUGAGCACAUUCAAUCAGAGAGAGGCCAGAGAGGCACCCGGGCCCCUGAUGAGAGCAUUCUGAGGAGAAUUCUGGCUGAACUGCUGCCAAACGUGCCUGAACGAAGCUCCUCGUUGCGGGGGAGGAGGGGGUGCUGGCAGGGGGGUCACUCUUCCGCUUCAUUGUACCCGGACGGGAGCCCCACGGAGAACGCCUCAUACAGAGAGGAUCCACCCACACCGCGGCUACAGUCACCAAUCAGUGCCUGUUACGCACGCCACUUGGACACCUCAAACAAUAAUGAAUAUGGAGAGGAGCAGGGCAAUGGAAAUGGUCACUGUUAUUCAGACCAGGAUGUCUCCAGGAGUUAUUCCACAAUGGACGGACGCCACACGCCCCAGAGUAGAAGAGCUACUCCGGACAGAGAGGUCUCCCAUAAACAGAUGACACAACUUAUUCUGUUCUCUCUCCUCCAUCAGAAACAGCCUGCAAAAGCCAUUUAUGAUUUUAAGGCACAAACAGCUAAGGAGCUGACAUUUAAAAAGGGUGAUGCGGUGAACAUCAUCAGGCAGAUAGACAACAACUGGUAUGAGGGAGAGCACCGAGGACGGGUGGGGAUAUUCCCCAUAUCAUAUGUAGAGAAGAUGCCGUCCACAGAGAAGCAGCAGCCGAUCCGUCCUCCUCCGCCAGCACACGUCAGAGAGAUCGGAGAUGCUGUGGCUCGCUAUAACUUCAAUGCAGACACCAACGUGGAGCUGUCUCUCAGGAAGGGUGAGAGAGUCAUUGUGAUAAGGCAGGUGGAUCAGAACUGGUAUGAGGGCAGGAUCCCAGACUCAACCAAACAGGGCAUCUUUCCCGUGGCCUACGUUGACAUCAAGCGCUCCCCGUCCAAGAGCUCCGACCACCACAUGGACCUGCGUGGGCACCUUGGCCACAGGACGCCAAGCAGUUCAUCCACCAAGCGAUUAGUCCAGGAUGCUCUACAUGGUGGAGGAGACCCGUACCAGGCCGUGUACAACUACACGCCUCGCAACGAGGAUGAGCUGGAGCUGAGGGAGGGCGACAUCGUGGAUGUGAUGGAGAAGUGUGACGAUGGCUGGUUUGUCGGGACGUCUCGAAGGAGCAAGUUGUUUGGAACCUUCCCAGGAAACUACGUGAAGCAGCUAUAAUGAUGAUUCCACACCCCGGCCCUCCUCCUCCUCCUCCUCUUCCUCCUCUUCGCCUCGCCCCCCUUCUGUGACACGUUCAGCGCCCUCAGCACAGCACCUGCAGGACGCCGCCCCCCCACAGCGCUCAGCAGAGACCCGUCGGCUUCACGCGAACAGAACUCUUUAGCUCUAACUCGCCAUCUUUAACGGAAGACUUUCUAUAAGAUGCCUGUUGUUUUUUUAAACUUAUCUUUUUAUCCUUAUUUUUCUAUCACGGAGAAAAACCCAAACCUUUGUGCUCUCCGGUCAGUGACCUUUAACCUUCCACAGCGAUGGAAUGACAGCGAGGCAGCACGAGGCAGUUUCAGCUG